AUGCUCCUCAAAAUCCUCUUCGCUGGCUUGGCUGCCUUGGUCCCCUCGAUCUCUGCUCAGGCAAAUUCCAGUCAGAUACUAGUGGUUGAUCAGAAGAGUUUCAAUGUUUUGAAGCCUGUUCCUCCUCCGUCACAAUCAAACCUUACCACGAUUUUUGUCCCUCCCGGUGUCACUCUGGAACAAGCCCUCGCGAAACCCUUCCAUGUCUACGAUGAAGCCUUCCUAGAUAUCAUCGGGACGAACCCGACCUUGACACUGAUUGCCAGUACUGGUAGUGAUCCACUUUUCCAUGAGGCAGUUGUUUGGUACCCUCCUACUGAUGAGAUCUUCUUCGUCCAGAACGCCGGAGCGACUGCCGCCGGAACUGGUCUCAAUAAGUCAAACAUCAUCCAAAAGAUCGCCUUGAGUCAAGCUGCAGCAGUUUCGUCCUUACGCAAUGCGAGCGGCCAAGUGGAUGUUGUGACCGUCAAUGCUACUCCUCCGGUGGUGAACUCGAACGGUGCAACUCAAUAUCGAGGUCAGCUCCUCUUUACCGGUGAAGGACAGGGCAACAACACCGCUCCCGCGUUAUACGUUUUGAAUCCACGCUCUCCAUACAACACGACAGUUCUCGUAAACAACUACUUUGGCCGCCAAUGGAAUUCUCUGAAUGAUGUAGCGGUCAAUCCUAUGAAUGGUGAUGUGUAUUUCACGGACACCCUAUACGGCUAUCUACAAGACUUCCGCCCUUCACCAGAACUGCCGAAUCAAGUGUAUCGCCUCACACCGUCCACAGGAGCUGUAUCAGUGGUGGCCGAUGGGUUCGAUCUGCCAAAUGGCAUCACCUUCUCCCCUAAUGGGUCAUUAGCAUAUGUGACCGACACAGGUGCCCAGUAUUCCUUCUUUGGGUAUAACAUGACAGCACCAGCCUCGAUCUAUCAGUUCACUGUCCUCCCCGACGGAACAUUUGCGAACCGGAAACUUUUCACCUAUUCGAGCGUCGGCAUCCCAGACGGGAUACACUGUGACACCAACGGCAACGUGUACUCGGGUGUUGGCGACGGUGUGCACGUGUGGGACCCUUCAGGCAAACUGCUCGGCAAGAUCUUCUUGGGCACGACAUCAGCCAACUUCAAUUUUGCAGGCAAGGGUCGUAUGGUCAUUUGCGCCGAGACGCAGCUUUAUUAUGCGACGCUGGCGGCCGAGGGGGCGGUAGUGUCGAGCCAGCUGCCACCACCUUGA